AUGUCUUUUUUCCAAACUAUCAAGACCCCAGUGGUCACAUAUCAACAACCCGUCGGACUGUUUAUCAACGGCGAAUUUAUCAAGGGCAUCGAUGGCAAAACCUUUGAAACAAUCAAUCCUCAUGAUGAGAAGCCUAUUGUCGCCGUCCAUGAAGCAACGGAGAAAGAUGUUGAUAUCGCUGUCCAAGCCGCCCGUAAGGCACUUGAUGGUGAUUGGAAGCAGACGACUCCAUCUGAGCGUGGCCGUCUUCUCACUCGUCUUGCUGAUUUGCUCGAGCGUGAUAUUGAGACGGUCGCUGCUAUUGAAUCUCUUGACAAUGGAAAGGGUGUGACAAUGGCCAAAGGCGAUGUCACUGCUUCAGCAGGAUGUAUCAGGUAUUAUGGAGGAUGGGCAGAUAAGAUAGUUGGACAGACAAUCGACACCGAUCCAAAUAGUCUUACUUAUACCCGUCAUGAGCCUAUUGGUGUCUGUGGACAGAUUAUUCCUUGGAACUUUCCACUUAUGAUGUUCGCAUGGAAGAUUGGCCCUGCCCUUGCUACGGGAAAUACGAUUGUCCUGAAAACAGCGGAGCAGACCCCUCUCUCGGCACUAUACGUUGCUGGUCUUAUUAAAGAGGCUGGAUUUCCUCCCGGUGUGGUCAAUGUUCUCUCAGGCUUCGGCAAGACUGCAGGCGCAGCAAUUGCUGCUCAUAUGGAUAUCGACAAAGUCGCAUUUACUGGAUCGACCCCGAUUGGUCGACAAAUUAUGCAAGUGGCUGCUAAAAGUAACCUGAAGAAGGUGACUUUAGAGCUUGGCGGAAAAUCGCCAAAUAUCAUUCUCCCGGAUGCAAACCUCGAAGAAGCGGUUGGGUGGGUCAACCUGGGUAUUUUUUUCAAUCAUGGACAGUGCUGCUGUGCCGGCUCUCGAAUUCUUGUUCAUGAGGCCAUUUAUGAUGAAUUUAUUGAGCUUUUUAAGAAGCGCGCGGAGCAGAACAAGGUUGGAGAUCCAUUCAGAACCGAUACCUUCCAGGGGCCCCAGGUGUCUCAGUUGCAAUACGACAGAAUUAUGGGAUAUAUUGAGGAAGGAAAGCGCGCAGGGGCGAAGGUUAUCACAGGUGGCGAUAGACAUGGAAGCAAAGGAUAUUACAUCCAACCUACAAUUUUUGCUGAUGUCAGUGAUGAGAUGAGCAUUGUCAAGGAAGAAAUCUUUGGACCCGUAUGCACGGUGCAAAAGGUUCGCGAUGAAGAGGAAGCGAUUCGUGUGGCAAACAACACAAACUACGGCCUGGCUGCAGCUGUCCAUACCACAAAUAUCAACACAGCCAUCCGGGUGUCAAACGCAAUCAAGGCAGGCACGGUUUGGGUCAACAACUACAACACCCUCCAUUACCAGAUGCCCUUUGGAGGCUUCAAGGAGUCAGGGGUUGGCCGAGAACUGGGCUCAUAUGCUCUCGAGAACUACACGGAAGUCAAGACUGUUCGCGUACAUAUUUCCAAGUGUUGA